AUGCGUGAUUCCAACUACAGAGCCAUCUCCAGCAAUAAGGCAGCGGUUACCAUAACUACCAGCCUUUAUGAUAGACGAGCAUUAGAUGUCACUUCAGAUAAGCCUCUAGUCAAUUCGCUUAAUUAUCUCACUUAUUUGGUCAGCUCAUCGGCAAAAGUCCGCGAGACGCUUUCCGUCGAUGGGGGAAUUGAGAGAUUAAUCGAAAUAUUGCAUGAAUGCCACAGCUGCGACCGGUAUAUCAACGACAAUGGAGACAAACAGGUAUUGAUUGCCUGGAAAUGGACAUUAGCAUUCCAGUGUUUAGUACUUGUCGGUACUAGAGGCACAGAAAAGAUCAGACAAAAAGUGGUAAGAGCGGGCAUCUUGCCAAUUAUUGCAACAGUACUAGACAACUACUUGACGUUGCACGAACAAGUGUUUUUGCAUUCUACUACUACCCAGCUGCUGCACCAACAAUCAGGACAACAACGAAAUACAUCUACCGACCCCACCCAGCAAUCUGACACCCAAGUCCAAGAAUUAUUUCAAUCCUUCUCCAAUCAGGAACAGUCGGAUAGCUUUACGGUACAUCCUUCUGCUUUACGUGAUGGUCCCAACGAAGAAGAUUUAUCAAACGCCACUUUUUUUCCAGUAACCAAUGGCCUAUAUUAUGAUCAAUUCCUGACCACUGCGACCGCUUUGGAAUCCACAGCAACAGCAACCUUUUCGACUGACAAUAUCCUUCCCGCUGGCAUGACACUAGACAACAUUAGACACGAAGAUGUUGAAAACUCAAGUCUCGAACAUUUGUUCCAACUUCUUCGAGUGUCGUCAUUUGAUGACGGGAAGCAGCGAGAUGGCAACUUCGAGAAGGAAAGCUAUUCACACAGCCUGUCCAUUCAUUCAGAAGUGAAGCGAAACAUUGUCGUUUUAAACAUUUUAGGCAGGCUUCGAGAGACAAAAGAAGCCGAUGUUUUCGAAGAAGGAUUUGUCAAUGACUGUGAGUUUGACAUGGAUAGCAAUCUCCAAUUCUUAUCGGAAUUGUACAUGCGCGAUAUGAGCAUCAACAGUAAAACCGGAUCGAAAGCAGCCGUGCGGUCGUUUACAAAAACUGGAGUUGUGAUACCCAAAGAUGACGAUAUUGUUUGGUCUUUGCAACUACUAGCAUAUAUAUCGAAGUAUCCCUAUCUCAAGGAGGUUCUUCAAAAUACCCAUUUGGUAUUGGAUAUGAGCAUACGUGACAAACAAUUGAAGAUGUACCUUGAAAAUCAGAUUCGAUUGAAGGUGAAAAAGUCCCUCAGCAUCAAAUCAAGACCCACAAUAAGACCCAAAUCCAGAAAACCGAGGAUCACAUAUUUGAAAAAAUUCAAUCCGAGUGCGUCAAACUCCCCUCAAAUGUUGACAUCGUUGAACGAUGACAGUUUAAUUCCCAAAGGCGAUAAAUUUGCAUUAUGUGACUCAGGAUACGCAGGAAUUGAAGAAAUUAGUCAUGUUGAGAUUAGCGCAAGAGCAGAUGACGAAGCGGUUGAGGAUGAGGAGGAAGUGGAAGUAGAAGACGACGAAGAAGAAGAGAAUGAAGAUGACGUUUACAAUGGUAAAGAGAACUCUGAUGGGGAUUUGGAAGAGAUCUUUUCCGACUCUAGUGAAUGUACUUUCAAGGAUUCCAGCGAAAGGGAUGAUCUCAUGGCAAGCUUGUACGAAAGAGUAGUUGAGUGCGAGUCAUUGGAGAAUGACUUUUUACGAAAGGUCAAGCUAUACCAAUUGAACGAGAAGUUGAGUAGAUUAGUCGAUGAAGAGAGCAAGAAAUUGUCAAGUGCCAUCAUCAAACAGAGAUUGAAGAAAAGGGAGUUUCUUGAGCGUAAAUGGGAUUAUGAAAAAUAUAAGUACUUUGAUAUUGACGAAUACGAUGAAGAUAAGGAUGACUCGUUAAGGGAAUACAAAAGGAUCAACUUGUUCCCCAUUGUUGAAAAAUUUACAUUUUUAUCAGGCACGGAUAUGUAUUAUUGGUCAGGGGUAAUCAUGAGAAAUUCCUGUCGCAGAAAUGAUCUUAAAGGCGGUGUUCGUCAAUGUGGAAACUUGGAUUGCGGCAAGUGGGAAAAGUACCCACGCGAAUUUUCAAAAUGCCGCAGGUGUAAAAGAACAAAAUACUGUUCCAGAGAUUGCCAGAUGAAAGCAUGGCAUUGUCAUCGAAAUUGGUGCAUUCCCAGCUCAUCAAGUAGCAGCGCCUGUAAUCAAACUACUUCUUCCGUGCCCGUGCAUCAACAAAACCAGGACGAUACAAGGGGUGCAGGAAGAAGCAAUACACUUUCUGAUGACCCUGGAAGUCAAGCGGGAAGCGAAGGGGCCAAUGAAGAUGGGCAAGAGAGCCCUCAUGAAUUAUCAUAA